GGAGAAGUUGCAGUUCAAGUGUAAGGAAGUGAGUUUCUUUGGACACUCUUGGACACCACAAGGUAUGAAGCCUGAUAAUAAGAAAGUAUCAGCAAUCCUUGGUAUGAAGCCGCCGGAAGAUGCAAAAAGUCUACAGAGCUUUCUCGGUUUAGUAAGCUAUCUAACAAGGUACUCCGGACGUCUGGCUACCCUAUCAUCUCCACUUUGCGAUCUAACCAAGAAAGAUGUUGCGUAUUGUUGGGGGCCAGAGCAUACCCGCGCAUUUGAUGAAGUGAAGAAGGAAGUAUCCUCGCUGGGCGUACUCCGAUAUUUCGACCCUGAUGCAGAAACAACCAUUCAAACUGACGCAUCUCUCAAAGGCUUAGGCGCAGUGCUUCUACAAGGAGGUCAACCCGUGUGUUAUGCGUCUAAGGCUCUCACAGAAGCUGAGCAAAGGUACAGUAACAUUGAGCGUGAAGCACUUGGCGUUGUUUGGGGACUCGAACGAUUUCAUUACUUUGUGUAUGGAAAGAAGUGUACUGUGCACACCGACCACAAGCCCUUGGAAACAAUCUUUAGGAAGAAAUUGAGUAGCUGCCCAUGCAGACUACAACGAUUCGUGUUAAGAGCACUCAAGUAUGACGUAACCGUGACGUAUGUGAAAGGUGAACAAGUACCUAUCGCUGAUGCCCUGUCCAGAGUAUCACCACAAGCUGUACCACUCAAAGGUCAACUUCCACAACUAGAUAUCCACCAGAUUACUAACACCCUUCCAGCUUCUCCUAUAAAGCUGCAGCAAAUUCGAAAUUAGACUGCAGAUGAUCCAGUUUUGAAUAAACUACGCGAGGUAGUUUACCAAGGAUGGCCAGCCACGAGAGAACAGUCCCCUCAAUUGCCCCACGAUUAUUGGAACUUUAGAGAAGAACUUACAAUUGAGGAUGGCCUCAUCCUAAAGCAAGAGCGCAUAGUUAUGCCGCCAAAUCUUAGAGAAGAACUCCUUACAACGAUACAUGAAGGGCAUCUAGGACAAGAGAAAUGUCUGCUUCGAGCAAGAUCUGCGGUGUUUUGGCCUGGAAUUACGAAGGACAUAAUCAAAGUUGUUGAAAGUUGUGAUGCAUGUCAGAAGCAUCAACGUAAGCAGCAAAAACAGGAUCUACUUCAACCUGAACCACCUUGUUACCCUUGGCAGAUACUCAACUCCGAUCUGUUUGAGUAUAAGGGUAAUUCGUAUCUGUUGUUAUCAGAUGAGUAUAGCAAAUAUCCCAUCGUCCGAAAGCUCACUAGCACUACAUCCCAUGCGAUCAUUAAUCACCUCAAGAGCAUCUUCGCAGAAUAUGGCAUUCCAGACAAGCUCGUGACUGACAAUGGACCGCAAUAUGUAUCCCGCGAAUUUCAACAAUUUGCUAGUGUUUAUGGAUUUGAGCAUACCACAAGUUCACCUAUGUACCCACAAUCCAAUGGUUCCUCAGAACGUAUGGUUCAAACCGUGAAAGGUAUCCUAAAAAAAUGUGAUGAGGAUGGAACCGAUUCUUACUUAGGACUACUUUCCUAUCGUAGUUCGCCAGUCAGUCACCGGUUGAAAUCUCCAUCAGAAUUGCUGAACAGCCGCAAGUUAAGGACAACGUUACCGAUGGCGAAGCGGGCUCGUGUGAAUAAUGACACCAGCAUCAUCAAGAAUGAGUUGCACCGGCGACAGGGGCAACAAGCAUUAUACUAUAACCGCACAACUGGACCAAUCCUAAAGCCAUUCAACGAAGGUGAACCCGUUAACAUCUACGACCACCAUAGUAAGACCUGGGAACCUGGAACAAUCAUCAAACCACAUCUCCUGUGGCCACCUGAACAUACUAGUCACAUUUCCUGUGGCCACCUGAACAUACUAGUCACAUCUCCUGUGGCCACCUGAACAUACUAGUCACAUCUCCUGUGGCCACCUGAACAUACUAGUCACAUUUCCUGUGGCCACCUGAACAUACUAGUCACAUCUCCUGUGGCCACCUGAACAUACUAGUCACAUCUCCUGUGCCAACCUGAACAUACUAGUCAUAUCUCCUGCGCCCACCUGAACAUAGUCACAUCUCCUGUGGCCACGAGAACAUACUAGUCACAUCUCAAUUCAAUUCAUUUAUUUAAACACGAUAUAAAAAUAAGCAGCAAAUUGCUGAUGUGGUCGUGUGUUUACCAGUAUAGUAAAAUCUAUUUACAUAUGUUAUGUUAAUAUAUAUAGUUUAUAUAUAAAUUAAAUAUCGUAAGAAUAAUAAUAGUAAGAAUAUAUAGUGUUACGAAUAUGACUAGAAAAGUUUAAAAAUAGAUAUAGUUCAGAUCAUUAUUGUUUGUGUAGGAGCUAAAAUCCAUUGCCUCAACAUUUUAAAAUUAUUAUGUCGUUCCUUGUUCUUAAGAUUGGCCGGUAGUUUGUUCCACAAUACUGCUCCCCUAGAUGUUACUGACUUAUGCAGGAAGUUGGUUUCUGGUCUUGGAAUAACCAACUUUUCUGAUCCUCUUAAAUUGUUAUCUUUCUUUGUAAUUAUAUUCUGACAGAGUUGGUCUGGUGCCUCACCGUAACACCAUUUGUGGACAGUGCUUAAUACUCUUUGCUUAUACGUACUGCUCAGUGUUUUCCAGCCAGUUUUAUGUAUCACUUCUUGGCUUGGUAUAUCCCAAUUCAACCUGUAGAUUAUACGUGCGGCUCUUGUGUGCAACCUUUCCAAGGCUUUGAAAUGUGUUUUACCACAGUUUCCCCAAACAAGAAUGCAGUAUGUUACGGAUGGAAAGAUUACUUUCCAGUAAAAAUCUUCCAGUAUAUGUUUUGGAAGGAAACCCAUUGAUUUUAACAAAUUUAAUUUCCUCACGAAUGCAAGUUUGACAUUUUCUGUGUGUCCAUUCCAUUUCAGCUUAUUGUCCAAAGUCACUCCUAGAGAUUUUGACUUCUUUACCCACUUCACUAAACUACCAUUUAACUGUACUGGUGGUAGAGGGACUACGAAAGUUCCGCGUUUAAUGAGCAUGGCUUCUGUUUUGGCUGGAUGGACCGUCAUUCCGUUUUUGUAACACCAUUCACCCACAAAGCCUAAUGUCUCAUUUAGUUUGAGGAUCACUCGGUCAACUGUUUCGCCUAUACUAGUCAAGGUCGUAUCAUCAGGUACAUUUCUAAUUCUUCAUCAUCAUGCCGUGCACAGUCCGGAAGAUCAUCGCAAAAGAGUGCGAAUAAGAGGGGCCCCAGGACUGAUCGUUGUGGCACCCCGUAGUCAACACCCUCUCUUUCAGAAUCACACAGUCCUAUUUUAGUGAAUUGGCGUCGGUUACAGAGGUAGUUUCGGAUCCACAACAGCAAAUUUCCAGAGAUGCCUGCCCGCUGUAACUUUAGCAGUAGUUGGUGAUGAGGGACAGAGUCAAAAGCCUUCUUAAAGUCGAUGAAGUGUCGACUGCUUUCCUCCAUAUCUCUGUCCUAUGUAACAACAGUGCUUCCGUUGAACUAUUUUUCCUGUAUGCCCACUGAUUUGGAUUUAGUAAACCAGGAUUGAUAUCAAUAUGGUUUACUAAGGUUUUGUGUACUUCCUUCUCCAUUAAUUUGCUUGGAGUGCGCAGCAUGGAUAAUGGUCGAUAAUUAUCUCUGUGCCCACCUGAACAUAGUCACAUUUCCUGUGGCCUUCUGAACAUACUAGUCACAUCUCCUGUGGCCACCUGAACAUACUAGUCACAUCUCCUGUGGCCACCUGAACAUACUAGUCACAUCUCCUGUGCCCACCUGAACAUACUAGUCACAUCUCCUGUGGCCACCUGAACAUAGUCACAUCUCCUGUGGUCACCUGAACAUAGUCACAUCUCCAGUGGUCACCUGAACAUAGUCACAUCUCCUGUGGCCACCUGAACAUACUAGUCAUAUCUCCUGUGGCCACCUGAACAUACUAGUCACAUUUCCUGUGGCCACCUGAACAUACUAGUCACAUCUCCUGUGGCCACCUGAACAUACUAGUCACAUCUCCUGUGGCCACCUGAACAUACUAGUCACAUUUCCUGUGGCCACCUGAACAUACUAGUCACAUCUCCUGUGGCCACCUGAACAUACUAGUCACAUCUCCUGUGGCCACCUGAACAUACUAGUCACAUCUCCUGUGGCCACCUGAACAUACUAGUCACAUUUCCUGUGACCACCUGAACAUACUAGUCACAUUUCCUGUGGCCACCUGAACAUAGUCACAUCUCCUGUGGCCACCUGAACAUACUAGUCACAUUUCCUGUGCCAACCUGAACAUAGUCACAUUUCCUGUGCCCACCUGAACAUAUUAGUCACGUCUCCUGUGGCCACCAGAACAUACUAGUCACAUCUCCUGUGCCCACCUGAACAUAGUCACAUUUCCUGUGGCCACCUGAACAUAGUCACAUUUCCUGUGCCCACCUGAACAUAUUAGUCACAUCUCCUGUGGUCACCUGAACAUAGUCACAUCUCCUGUGGCCACCUAAACAUAGUCACAUCUCCUGUGGUCACCUGAACAUAGUGACAUCUCCUGUGGUCACCUGAACAUAGUCACAUCUCCUGUGGUCACCUGAACAUAGUCACAUCUCCUGUGGCCACCUGAACAUAGUCAUACCUCCUGUGGUCACCUGAACAUAGUCACAUCUCCUGUGGUCACCUGAACAUAGUCACAUCUCCUGUGGCCACCUGAACAUAGUCACGUCUCUAUUAAUGUAUUAUAGCCACUUAUUUUUGUUCACAUAUUAAUAACAACAACAAUCUAAUUAUAGUCACAACUUUACUAAAUAUAGCAUGAACAAUAGUAAACGUAAUAUCUAAUUAGCAUUUACCAAUCGAGAAUUAAGACACAUGAUUAUAAAAUUUCUUUGUAUGAUUAGACCAAUGAAGUGAAAAGCCGAAUUUUGUAUUUUUGGGUUGUGUCAGGUUGAUUCAUGUUUGGUUAUACUGACUGUUUUCCGUUCGAAAAGGAAGAAAAAUAGCCUGAUACUCAUGCAUGUUUCAAUUUGCCAAGUUUGAAGGACAAUCUGGGAUGCAGUAUAGAAUACAAGAAACAUCGAAGUUUCUAGACUGCAUAAUUAAUGCAGACUUCCCAUGCCAGAAAGCAUUAUAUGAACUACAUUUAUUAUUUUUAUAUUUUAGCGGAGAGUGCAGAGCUACCAAAGAGAUCAGCAAGAAAACCUCAAAG